AUGUAUAGAGCGGGAGUAAGUUCAUUAAAAUAGGUUGAUACUAAUUUUGGAGCUUUCAAGGCGAAUCUUAAAGUUUAGCUGGAAACUCUCGUAACUAUUAAUAAUAUUAUGAUUAGUUGGGAUUAUCAAGGUGUUACAGAUCUUGUGACAGUGAUACGUCUGUUCUUAAUUCUUCUGGGACCAAGGAAUGGCUAAUGAAUUAGUGA